CAAACACAUUCUAUUACCCUUUUCUACCGAAAAAAAAACCCAAUUUAUUCUCCAAUUUAAUCUCACCAGCUCCAGCCUCCAGCAGCAAAAAUAUGGACUGUCCAAUUCCCUUAAACCCCAAGAGCAAAACCCUCGUCCAAAAUCCCAAAAAUCACAGCACACAGAGAAAGGCCAUGGAGAAUUUUCGAAAUAUUGUUUUCAAGCUCGCCGAGUCCCACCCAAACGCGGCCUUAACUCCGUCCGCCAAAAACCUUAUCCUGGAGCGCCUCGACCGGUUUGUUUCGCAGUACAAAACCCCCGAUCACCCUCCUUAUUCAGCGAUGAUAGAAAGGGCCAUCCGUGAGCUGAAUGAGAAACGAGGCUCGAGUGAGGACUCCAUAUCAAAUUUCCUGGUUAAGGAGUAUGAUAAUCUACCGUGGGCCCACCCGUCAGUAUUGAAACACCAUCUGAAAACCCUCUGCAAAUCUGGUGAUAUUAUCAUUACAAAUAAAAAACGAUACAAACUCCCGGGCAAAACCGAAAUUCCCGUUAUAAAUUCCCAGCGUAUGGAAAAAAAAGUCGAGAGAAAGCCACCGAGGAGUAAAAAGCGGUUGAAAUGGGACUGGGAGAGAGUGAAGAAGAAGAGGUUGAAUCGAAAGCCUGUGCUUAAGCUGAAAAUCAAUUUGAGGGGUAAAAAAAUCGAAGCAAUUGCCGAGAAUCAAGAACGCAAGCGUGUAAGUGAAGAAAAUGUCGGAAAUGUGGCUUCCAGUGCUGACGUGGACUUGAAUUCGAAUUCUCAGCAGCAAACAGUGGGCCCAACUGAGAUUAUCGAGCCUGGUGCCAGCUGUACAUCCACACACGAGCAUCCCGAUCCCGUUGACUUGAAUUCUCGGCAACAAACCGAGAAAAACUUCGAUUCUCAGCAGCAAGGAAUUGGCUCGUCUGAAAUUAUGGGGCCCGAUGAUCAUCAGCCCGAAUUGGAGAAACCUAAUGACUUGAAUUCUCGGCAAAAAACCCAGAAAAAGUUCGAUUCUCAGCAGCACAGAAUUGGCCAGCUCGAAAUAACGAAGCCUGAUGCCAGCUCAGCAUGCACAGACGUGCAGCCUGAAUUACAAAAACCCGAGGACUUGAAUUUUCAGCAGCAAGCAGCAAUUGGCAGGCCUGAAAUAACAGACCCUUCUGCUGCUUCUGAUCCGGCCCAAUUGGAGAAUAUGUCUGAUUUGGGCCUUGCACGUGUGGGCCCAAAUUCUUCUGAGGAAUUACUAAUCUCAGAUCGCGCGCGUAGACAGCAGAGACGUUGGAGUAUGUGUCCACGCGAAAGAAAAUCCUUAGUAGCGAUGAAUUCUAUGGAACUAAUGACCUGUCAGAAUCAAGAGGAAAAUCUUUCGCUGGACUCGAGUCAGUUAAUAAUAAGCAUGCAAAAGGAUCAUGAAAGCAAAGUGAAGUCAAACGGAGAAAAUGCCAGCUCAGCACUCACAGAUGAGCAGCCUGAAUUGCAGAAACCAGAGGACUUGGACUUGAAUUCUCAGCAGCUAGCAAUUGGGCCACCUGAAGUUACAGAACCUGAAGCCACUGUUUGCAUGCAGUCCAAACACAUUGGGCCAGAGAUUCUGGGCCCUCCGGGCCCAGAACAAGCCCGAUUAGAUUAUCCUCCUAAUUUGGGCCCAGAGUCCAAGGAAUUAGUUGACUCAGAGCGCGCGCGAAGACAGCAAAGACGUUGGAAUAUGAGUCGGCCCGAAAAAAAAGCGACUUCUAUGGAAUUAGUGAUUUCACAAAAUCCAGACGAAAAUAAUUCGCCCGGUUCAAAUCUUGCAAGUGUGUCAGAGCCAAAGGAUGAAGAAAACAACGUGAAGUCAAAAGGAGGCAAGAAAUACAAUCGGAAAAGGAAACCAGAUUUGCUCACUUUACCCAUUUUGACAAAUCAGGAGGUGCCAGCUCAGCAAGACGCGAUUUUUCAGAAGGAGCCGCGCAGGAGUCUAAGGCUCCGUUUGGCAAAACCUGAAGUCACGAACGAUGCAAAUGUUGUGCUGGCACUGCCGUCGCAGGAUUUGGGGGAAAAAGUCGAAGAAGGGCUUUUAAGUGAGCCGUUAAAUAAAAUGCCCGUUAAUGGGUUAGAUGAGGAGAAGAAGAUGUUGAUGAGUUUAACGGAUAGAAGUCUAACUGCUGCAGUGGGCCCGAUUAACUGCACGGGCCUUGGUGGAGUUCCCAAGCAUCGGCCCCGGGGGAGACUGGCUAGGUCCAAUGCUGGCUUAACCCAAGCAGCUUGAUGAAUCAUGAAGAAGUUUGUUGAUUGAUGCAUUAUUUUUUUAGUUCAUUUAAUAAAUUUCCUGCUGGUUUGAGUUUUUUUUUUUCAGGAUUUAGUGCUGCCAAAUUUUUAUUGUCAUUGCUUGGCCGGCCAUGCGUAUAGUUGGUGUAGUGUAGAUACUGUUUUUCCAGUGGAUUAUUUUCCUUAGGUUAUUUUAAAACUGUGAUGGCUUGUGACUUGUGAGGAUGAAUUCGUUCUGGUGAUUUGAGACAUGUCAAACUGUGAUAGCUACUUAUGGUUUGUUUUGGUGCUUUUGUGUUCGGUUAUAGCAAAGUCGCACCGGAUAAAAGAUGUGAAAAAUAAACGAAUCGAACGAUAUCAUGCCUAACUAUUGAAUCAAA